AUGGGUCUCGAACUAUUUUCUAUGCAGAAUCAGCUACUCGCGCAAAUUCGGACAAAUGCCGAAACCAUGCGAGAAACUAACAAACGCCUCCUCGUCGGACUCGGCGUGAUGCUCAUCUACCUUUUCAUAGGGGCCAUGGUGUUCUGCCGAAUUGAAUCCCCGCUCGAAAGAAUCGAAAUGGAAACUUAUUUGGAAUAUCGCGCGAAGUGGACCGAACGGCUUGUCGGAUUGGGAAUUCGGGAAGCCGACAUCGACCAACUUUUUGUUGACAUCCGAGACGCAUCACUGAAUGGAAUCUGGAUGGAAAAGAAUGUCACCAACGACCCGAAUUGGACGCUCGGGUCCGCAUUUUUCUUUGCUGGAACCCUGAUCACAACUGUUGGAUACGGUCGAGUAUCACCGCGUACAGCUCAUGGAAAAUUGUUCACAAUUGUGUACUGUAUGGUUGGGAUUCCACUAUCGCUUGCCUUGUUGUCAGCUUUGGUCACGAGAAUGAAACAACCAUCUGUUUGGUUGAGAUCAAAGUUAAAUGCAAAGCUCGGCCAUCUUUUUGGGGAAAGCCAACUACAGUUGUUCCAUCUCGGAGCCGUUUUUGGGCUCCUCUUGGUCUUCGCCUUCAUUAUUCCCUCAUGGUUCUUCACGAAUAUCGAAGAAGAUUGGUCGUUCUUGGAUGCGUUUUAUUACUGCUUCGUGUCGUUGACGACAAUUGGAUUGGGCGACUAUCAGCCGGGUGAUGGACCGGAUGUCGAGUUCCGGGGCUUCUACAAGUUUGUGGCAACAAUUUAUCUACUAUUUGGGCUGUGUUGCAUGAUGCUUUUCCUGUCAUCACUCUACGAUUUGCCGCAGUUCAACAUUUCCAAGUUUUUCUUGGUGCGAGAUGGUGCAUAUUUUGAUGAGGAUCGAGGGCUGGCAGGAGACCUAUCCGGCCAACAAUACACCAAAUUUACACCGGAAACGCCGACAGCCAUUCAGAACGGAUAC